UUAAAGAAGCUGCAAUUUGAUAACAGUUAUUGCAAUUAAGUGGUAGAUCAGGUAGAUGGAAGUGGUUAAAUUCUCUGAGGAGUAAAUGGGAAUAUCCAUAUCGCUGACAUUAGAUGAAAUGCUUCCCUCCCUCGUCAUUCCUUUAGGCACUGAAAGAAGCGACAUUGCUUGCUGUUCCGCUACCGUGGGGCUUUUGAGAUAAUGACUGGGCCUGAUGAAUCCGACUCCUUCAUCUUCAUCAUGAUCCAU